GUUUUAUGGUAUGCAGAUAACGUUUGCCAGCAUUUUGCCUCCACACCUUUAGUCGAUCGGCGCCGGCGCAACCAGAGAUGGCGGAGAUGGUGAUAUGUCGGUUAAUGGAUCCUGAAGGAAUUACUUUAGGUGACCCUAUCUACGUCCCUCUCCAAACAGGGCCUUUGCAGCUUACUCAUCUAACCAAUAAAUUUCUCAACAAUGAGGAGAACUUGCCCUACGCUUUCUAUGUAUCAGACAAGGAACUUGUUGUCCCCCUAGGAACACAUUUUGAGAGAGAACAAGUGUCCGUGGAGAAUAUUUUGACGAUAGUGUAUCGACAACAAGCUGUUUUCCGAACUCGCCCUGUUAACCGUGUUUCUGCGACCAUUGCCGGUCACGAGGGCUCUGUUCUGUGUGUUUCAUUUAGUCCGGACGGUAAGCAGUUAGCUAGUGGCUCAGGUGAUACCACUGUCCGGCUGUGGGAUCUCUACACUCAAACUCCAUUGUUUACAUGCAAAGGGCACAGAAACUGGGUUCUGGCCCUCGCAUGGUCUCCAGAUUGUAAGCACCUUGUUAGUGGUGGUUUUGAUGGUGAAGUCUGUUGUUGGAUACCGGAAACCGGACAGCUAAAUGGCAGCCCCCUUAGAGGUCACAAGAAAUGGAUUACUAGUAUCUCGUGGGAACCAGUUCACCUUAAAUACCCAUGCCGUCGGUUUGUAACUUCUAGCAAAGAUGGGGAUGCAAGGAUAUGGGACAUUACACUUAAGAAAUCCCUAACUUGUCUCAGUGGACAUUCACGUGGUGUGACUUGUGUCAAAUGGGGGGGAGAGGGAAUUAUAUAUACAGGUUCUCAAGAUUGUACAAUAAAGAUGUGGCAAGUUACUCCGGAUGGGGCUCGAUGUUUGACAGCAAAAUUGGAGGGGCAUGGACAUUGGGUGAACUCCCUUGCAUUGAGCACAGACUAUGUUCUCCGAACAGGAGCUUUUGACCACACUGGACAACAAUAUUAUUCACCUGAAGAAGUUAGAAAGGCUGCGCUUAGAAGAUACGACCAAGCAAAAGGAAAGUCCGGUGAAAGAUUAGUCUCAGGUUCUGAUGACAUGAAAAUGAUUCUUUGGGAACAGUCUGUUAGCGACAAACCUAAAAAGCAUAUGCACGGUCAUCAGCAGGUUGUAAACCAUGUGUGUUUCUCACCUAAUGGCCAGUGGAUUGCAAGUGCGUCUUUUGAUAAAUCUGUCAAGAUAUGGGAUGGUAUCACGGGGGAGUAUAUUACAACUUUGAGAGGCCAUGUUCGUCGUGUUUAUCAGAUCAGUUGGUCCCCGGACAGUAGGAUGCUUUUAAGUGGUAGCAGUGACUCUACCCUUAAGGUUUGGGAUAUUGGACAGAGAAAGUUAAAACAAGAUCUUCCUGGUCAUGCGGAUGAGGUUUUUGCAGUGGAUUGGAGUCCUGAUGGCGAGAGAGUAGUUUCCGGUGGGAAAGAUGAAUGUUUGAAGCUAUGGGUGGGUUGAAGAGAGGUAGCAGCUGGAGCUUGAUUUAUUACAAUAACAACACAUUGGCUCUCGUUAAAUUUAUAGAUAAAAAUGGGAUGUUUAUUGGUGUAUUUGUUCCUGUACAAUUAAGGUUUUUUUUCCUUGAGACUUUUAAAUUUUAUGUUUAGUAGAAAGUAUGCGGUCUGCUUUAUGUUUUGGUAGAGAGUAUGCGGCAAAACUUGAUUAAUAAAGGGCCUUUGUUUAUUAUUA